AUGAGUUCACCUAAAAAGGUGUCAAGUAAAAUUGCUCAACUUAUUGGACAAUAUGAACAAUUAGAAGCAAAAAAACAAGAAGAAUUAGAAAGAGAACAAAAGGUAAAGUCACAAACACGGAACCAUCCAAACCGAGUUGUUGUUAAACAGUCAACGCUAAAAAUUCAAAGAAAGAAAAGCUCUAAAUCUUCUUCAAGUAGUGAGGAAAUAACAGCUUCUAAAACACCUCAAAAAACAUUUAAACCAGCAAAACAACAAGGAAAAAUUGCUAUUCUUACUAAACAAUUAGCUGGUGGAUUUGACACUAAACAAUCUAGUUUUGAAAUAGAACAAAAAGAAAUUGAAAAAAAUACUACGUCUAUUGAAGAUGAAUCAGUUAAAAGUCUUGAUGAUUCUAAACAAUCACUUCCUGAAGUUAGUAAAGACAAUGUUAAUGAGUCUAGUUCUACUCUUACAAAUGGAGAAAAAAAACUCUCAACUUCAUUAUGUAAUGAACAAGAUGAAUUACAAAAGUCAAAAUCAUCCUCUUCAACUGAUAACAAAAAUGAUAAAAGAGAUGAAAUUCAUUUUGUGGAUGUUUUACCCAAAAAUGAAGAAAAAGAGAUUUCUAUGGAGAUUGAAUCUUCAAAAACAGAAGAAGAAAAGUCAAAUUUACAAAUUCCUUCAUUAAAUUUAAGUGAAGGUAAAGAUAAGAAUGAGUCUGUUGAGAUUGCUAAAGUCUUAAAAAAGUCUAAUUCUUCAAAUAACUCUGGUGAAGAAGAUAAACAAGAUGAAGAAGUAUCUUGUGAAAAAUUUGAUUCUCAAGAAGAAAAAAAAGAAGAAAUGAUUAAAGCUGAAGUGUCUCAAAAUAAAGAAGUAAAGGAUAAAUCAACAACAACUCCCUCUUUAGAAGUUUCUGAACAAAUUGAGCAAAAAUUAAAGGAAAGUAUUAGUCAAGAAGUAGUUACACAAUCUGAAGAAGUUAAAGAGACAUCACCUACAAUAAAAGAGGAUGAUAGCUUGAGUGAUGAAGAAAAAGAGGAUGAUAGCUUGAGUGAUGAAGAAAAAGAGGUUCAUGAUAAAGAAACAGUAUUACCAAAUAAUGGAGAAGAACCUAAAGAAGCAUCAAUUCAUUCACAAUCACCAAUUGAUUAUUCAAAUAAUGAAAUUGAUACAAAUAACAGUGUUGAGAAAGACCUUCAGGAAAAAACCUCUAAGCCUCAUUCUGAAGAAGGUCAUAUUAUUAAAGGUAAUGUUUUAAUAAUAAGUGAUGACGUUAAGCAUACUAAUUCAAGUGAGUUUAGUGAAUCUUCACAUGGUGGAGAUUAUAAAGAUGUUAUGGUUUGUGUUGGAGAAAAUAAGAAAACUCCUUCAGGAUCAUCUUUGUCAAAUGACCAAAAGGAAGAACCAAUUACUAACAUUAAUGAAUCAAAUCAAGAAAAUAUAGUGGUUAAUGGUAUGGAAUUUUCUAUUAAAAAUGAGAAUAAAAUUUCAUCAUCGUCAGCUAAAUCCUCUUUAUGUUCAGUUGAAGAAAGAGACAAAGAAGUUUAUGUUAAUAUUGAUGACCAGAAAGGUGCAUCACCCACAAUUAAAGAAUAUAGCUCUUCUGAUUCUAUGGAUGAAGAAAUGAUAGGAACAGUUGUUGUUGGAGUUGUUAACGAGCUUGUUGAACAAAUUCAAAAUGAACCCAAAGAGGAGGUUAAUCAACCAGUAUUAGAAUCAUCUCCUUCCUUAUCAGAAGGAAAGAAAGAUGAAAAGUCAAUAAUUUCUUCAAAUGGAGAUGAAAAGGAAAUACAACCACCAAAUUUAGAUGAACAGACAAUUGCUUCGAUUCAAGAUUUAGUAACGAGUAAAAUAGAAGCAUGUCAAAAGAAAAACGAAACUGAAAAUGCUGCAGAACUAGAUUUAUCAAAUUCAUCAAUACCAGAGAAAGUUACAACUCAAAGUAACAGUAGCUCUGAUGAGGGGAUGGAAGUUCAACAUGAAUAUGCUAAUGUUAUUGAAAAUGAAGUAAUUGAAACUAUAAAAAGUAAAAUUAAAGAAGAAAAUGAUAAUGAGUUAACAAAUGAAGAACAACAAAAACAAGAAGAAACAAAAAUUAAAUUUAUUAUAAAAGAAGUUACUUCAGAAACUCCUUCAAGUUCUGAAGAGGAGUCUACAGAGGUAACAGAUAAAGAAGUAAUAAGUGCAAGUGAAGAAAAUAAAGAAGAAAAUGCUACUAACCAAGUUAUUCUCGAAGAACCAAAACAACAAGUUGAUGAAGAACCAAAACAACAAGUUGAUGAAGAACCAAAACAACAAGUUGAUGAAGAACCAAAACAACAAGUUGAUGAAGAACCAAAACAACAAGUUGAUGAAGAACCAAAACAACAAGUUGAUGAAGAACCAAAACAACAAGUUGAUGAAGAACCAAAACAACAAGUUGAUGAAGAACCAAAACAACAAGUUGAUGAAGAACCAAAACAACAAGUUGAUGAAGAACCAAAACAACAAGUUGAUGAAGAACCAAAACAACAAGUUGAUGAAGAACCAAAACAACAAGUUGAUGAAGAACCAAAUGUACGUGACAUUCAAAACAAUGAAUUAAUAACUAAAGAAAAGGAAAUCCAACCAACAGACUCUUUAACACUUUCUAGUGAAGAUAAAAAAGAAUCAAAAGUUAAUAAUUUAUCAGAACGUCCUUCUGAAAAAGGACGUCUUACCUAUGAGCAAAAAGAAAUAAAUGAAUUCUUCAAUAAAAUUGAUGGAGAAGUUCAACUAAUACCAGUUCAAAAGAUUAAGUCUAAACCAGGAAAAAGAAAACAAAUAACUAAAGAAGGAUUUGCUUAUCGUAAGACAUUAUCGUGUGAGACAGACCAAUCACUCAAUAAAGUUAGAAGUCAAGAUUCUCCUUCAGGAGAAAUGGUCCCACCAAAGAAAGUGCCUGUUGGAGGAGUAUCUUUGUUUGGUGGAUUUAAUCCUGCGAAAGUUUCAUUGAGAAAGACUAACUACCCAAAGGAAGAAAAGGAAAGUAGUAUUCAAAAUUCUGAAUCAAAUCCUCCACCAAGAAGUAUUUCUGAAAACACAAGCCGUCCUGGAGUACCAGGAGGACAACCACUAUUUGGAGGAUUUAAUCCUGCAACAUUUAAAUUAAAAAAGACUACAGUAAAGAAAGAAAACAUACCAGAAAAGAAGUCACAAGAAGAAAUUCCUGAAUUUAUGAAACUCAAAUUAAAGAAAACAGAAAAGUGA